CUGAUUGGCGUGGAAUGGUGUUGAUUUCUUCCAACCUCCUCCCCCAUGCCCAUCCAUUGAAACGAAAACCUCCCCACCCCCCCGAUUGCUGGCUGAUUCCUCUUCUCUCUGCCCUAUCACGCACUUCCAUUUCCUCCAUCAAAUCCCAUUCUUCAAUCCUCUCCCCAGUUGGAUUAUUUCUCCUUCUUGAAAGAAAGAAAUAUGAAUGAAGAUGUGCUUGUCCCGGAGGAAGUCAUGAUCCAGAUCCUCGCCCGAUUGCCCGUCAGAUCACUUGUCAGAGCCAGAUGCGUUUGCAAGCUCUGGCUCGCUCUCAUCCGCGACACAUACUUCUUUCGCCUCUACAGCGAUGUGUCUCUUCGGAAUCCCCUGGUUUUGCUCGACGCCGGCGGAUUGUUCUGCGUUGACCGUCGGAGGGGCGUGUCCGAAUUGUCUCUGGAUUUCUUGGGAGACAGAGUUAAAGUUAGGGCUUCCUGCAAUGGCCUCCUGUGCUGUUCCAGCAUUCCAGACCGAGGCGUCUACUACGUCUGUAACCCCAUGACCCGGGAAUUCAAGCUCCUUCCCAAGACCAGCAGAGAAAGACACGCCACCAGGUUCUCCCCGGAUGGGGAGGCCACCCUUGUUGCCUUGGCUUGUGACAUGCCGACCCUCCACUUUCGUGUCGUGUUGGCCUGCUACCACAGGCCCCGGAGGGACUUUGUGUGUUCGGUUUACGAUUCCCGGUCCAACAAGUUGACGAAAUCCGUGUCGGUUCACGCACAUGAACAAGAACCAGCCCGUUUUUGUCAACGGGGCACUGCACUGGUUGACGGACGCGGGUUCCUGCGUGCUGGUCCUGGAUUUGAGUGUUGGGGAGUGGAGGCAGAUCCAUCUCCCCCGUGACGUGUGCUGCAGGGCUGGAACCCGGGGCUAUUUGCUGGAGUUGGAGGGGCGUUUGUCUGUGGUACGGAUAUCAGAGGCUUGGAUGGUGGUUUGGGCCAUGAGGAGCUGCUGCGGGGGUGGCGGAGAAGAAGAAGAAGAAGAAGGAUGGGAUAUGGUGGAUAGGGUGAGCGUGAGGUGCAUAAAAGGGAUGGUACCGGGGGUGUUCCCGAUAAGCCAGUCGGGGGAAUGCGUGCUGCUUGCCACACACAAUCAGGUUCUGGCAUACCAUAGGAAGAGCAGGGUGUGGAAGGAGGUGUAUUCUGUGAGGAACACCCUGCCCUUGUGGUUUUCUCUAUAUUCAUUUCGGAGCACCAUUUUCCCAUGCCAUAAUUCAUGAGGACGACGACGAUGAUCUGCUUAGUUCUCCAAUCUCCACUAGUGGGAAUUGGGAAGGAAAUAUUAUAUUGUUUGGUGGCAGUCAAGGAGAAACUAUGGCCUAGCAGUUUGGAUUGUUCUUUUUAUGGUUUUGGCUAAACUCAUGUGUUACUACGUACAUGUUUAAUUAGUACUUCUGGUACGAGCUAAACUUUUUUUUGCUAGGUUUUCCAUGCCAUUAAUGAUGGAUGCUUUUGAAGUUGGCAUUUGAUCAUAUUGGAUUGAAUCAAAUUGCUUGCUUGUG